AUGCUUGUUGCAGAGACGCUGCGGAAGUACCCGCCGGUGAUGAUACUCAACAGGGAGAGCAACGCCGGGUACCGGAUUCCCGACACCGACGUAGUCCUCGACAAGGGCACUCCCAUCAUAGUUACGGUGUACGGCCUGCACCACGACCCCAACAUCUUCCCGGACCCCGAGCGCUUCGACCCCGAGAGGUUCUCUGAGGAGCAGAAGGCCCAGAGACACCCCUACGUCUACCUGCCGUUCGGAGAGGGGCCUCGCAUCUGCAUAGGCAUGCGGUUUGGUCUGGUGCAAACGAAGGUGGGCCUUAUAAACAUACUGUCGAGAUACGGCGUUGAACCCAGCGAGAAGAGCGUUCGCCACUUGUUCCUGGAACCGAGGUCUUUCCUGAUGACACCCAAGGGCGGGACACAGCUGAGGCUCAGCAAGAGGCCCAGCGUAGCGUCCUGCCACAAGACACCACUUCCUCUGUAA